AUGACUGUCUUAUCACUUUUCCCAGGCAUGAUUGAGCAUGGACUCACGGACAGUUCUCAGUACAGACCCCGACAGAGCAUUACAGAUGAAGGAAUGUUCUCUUCAACUCCAACAUCUCAGGACUAUAUUCCUGCAACUUCCUCCGAAAGCCCUAAUUCCAAAGAUGAGAGCAUUGAAACUGAAAACAACCAUUUUUUAGAGGACAACAAAUCGGAAAGACCAGUGUUGGAGUCUGGAGUAGACCUAAAUGGCAGUGUUGAGCAUCUGAAGCCUCCGUCUCAUACAUCUCCUGAAUCUACUGAGAGUGACUGGGAAACACUGGAUCCAAGCAUCCUGGAGGAAUGUAUUACAACAGAUGACGGGGAAGUUUGGAAUAUGGGUCCAGGGCAAUCUGAAACUCUCAGUAAG